CCCCCCCCCCCCCCCCAUCUCCCAGACUGUCUCCUCCAGAGAGAAUGACCACUGGUCCAGAUCAGCUCUACCGCCACCCUGCCGCUGUGUAAAUGACUCUUUGCCGAAAAGCCACCGUGCUCUGCCACCCCAUCGUUGCCAUGAAGAGCAGGUAUUCUCAGUACUAUAACCGGACCCUGAUCCAGGCCCACUAUGUGUUUGCCAAGAACAUGACCCUUAAGCAGGUUCAGGAGCGCAAGGACAAGCCCCAGCUCAGCUAUCUCAACAUCGUCUUCGUCAUAGUCUGCAGCAUAAUCAUCCUGGAGAACCUGCUGGUGCUCACCGCUGUGUUCCGCAACAAGAAGUUCCACUCUGCAAUGUUCUUCUUCAUCGGGAACCUGGCCUUCUCCGAUCUGCUGGCCGGCUCUGCCUAUAUUGCCAACAUCUUCUUAUCGGGUCCAAGGACCUUUGAGUUGUUUCCUGUGCAGUGGUUCAUCCGGGAGGGCACAGCCUUCAUCGCGCUGGCUGCCUCCGUCUUCAGCCUGCUGGCCAUCGCCAUUGAGCGCUACAUUGCCAUCACCAAAGUCAAGGUGUACGGCUCCAACAGGACAUGUCGUAUGUUCCUGCUGAUCGGGGCAUGCUGGGUAACAUCCAUCCUUCUAGGAGGCCUGCCCAUAAUCUGCUGGAACUGCAUCGACCACUUGCCUGAGUGCUCAGCCGUGCUGCCGCUUUACUCCAAGCAGUACAUCCUGUUCGUGGUCACCAUCUUCAGCAUCAUCCUGCUCUCCAUCGUCAUCCUCUACGUGCGUAUCUACCUGAUUGUGCGCUCCAGCCACCAGGAGGCCACCAACUCCGCCGCCUACGCCCUGUUGAAGACGGUCACCAUCGUUCUGGGCGUUUUCAUCGUGUGCUGGCUGCCCGCCUUCACCAUCCUCCUCCUGGACACCUCCUGCACCCGGGGAAAUUGCCCUGUCCUCUCCCAGGCGGAGAUAUUCUUCAGCGUGGCCACCCUCAACUCGGCACUCAAUCCAGUGAUCUACACGUUGCGCAGCAAAGACAUGAGAAAGGAGUUCCUGCGCGUGCUGUGCUGCUGGGGGCUGCUGACCAGCGGGCGCCCCGCCGACCGGUGCCUGGUGCCCCUCAAGAGCUCCAGCUCUCUGGAGCACUGCACCAACAAACAUGAACACCAAAGCACGCCCAUCAUGCAGGCAGAAUGCACCACCGGUGUCUGAACUCUGACUCAGGGCUAUUGUUAUGCAUUGGGUGUGUCUACAUGUGAAUGCAAAUGUGUGCUUGCAUUUUUUUUUGUGUUUGGGUGUCUGGGAGAGUGAUUGUGUGAGAGAGUGUGUGUGUGUGUGUGUGUGUGUGUGAAGCCAGAAGGAAGCGGGGCUGGGGACAGGUGAAGAGACUUAAAGAUGAAAGCACACCUGAGAUCCCACAUCAUCCCUCAUCUUCACGCCAAACCUGUGACACAGUGGACACUAUCUGUUUGUCUGUUUGGAGAGAUGUGCUAGCAGAGUAGACUCUCAAAUUACAAUCAUACCUGUGUGAAUACCUUUGUGAACACAAUUGUCAUUCAACAGAUUCACCACACAUAAGCGUGUAAUAAUACAAUCAUCCUUCAGUAAAUUCACUAUUAUUCAAUGAAUUUACAAUUGUUGUUGAAGCUGUUUUUAUAUAUAUAUACACACACACAUAUAUAUAUGUAUAUAUAUAUAUAUAUAUAUAUAUAUAUAUAUAUAUAUAUAUAUAGUAUGUUUAUAACAUCCCAUUUCUUAGGGGCGUUAGCUAUCACAGAGUGAAGUCACGAUCUGUGUUGAGGGAGUCUUGAGAGUAAUGAUACAUUAAUGUACUGCCUAUCCUUAUUCACAUGUAUGCAGACUCCUAUUGAAAUCCAAAUACGGACACCAAAUACAAAACACAUCCUGGUCAUGCCAAGUUGUUUGGGCGUUUUACAACCCCUGUACAUUGAAACGCUUUCAUAUAUUGCACUUUUGUAGACGUGUAACCGUUUUGUGAUUAAACCACAAAAGUAUCCUUGAGUGUGUAAAGUGUUUAUCCAUACCAACAGUACUCAUGGGCCAUUGCUAAUUUCGAAAUAUGGCAGCACUGAGGCAGUGUCUAGCCCUCAGUCAGUAUCAUGCAGGCCAAACCCCUAGAAGUAUCCCUUUAAAACGGGGCUAGACACUAUAUCCCCAUAUAUAAACAUACAUAGAUCCCUUUUAAUUAACUGCAAAACAAAAGUACUCUGCUAACGUAUAUUGCAUGACAUUCUAACUCCUUUGUAAGAACUAAUGUGUAUUGGUAUACUCCAGCAAGUUCAGCUUGAUUAUUAACACUCUCUCUCUCUGCUCACUUUGUAACUUGUUCCUCUCGCUUUUACUGUUGUCUUCUGUAACCUAACAGUUUCCUAAGAGGAAGGUCCAAUAAGAAAGCACAUUUCCUGAAGUGAGUUGGCACUGAUAAAUUUUACUCAAUGACAGCUGUCCAGCAGCCCAUAACCAACAAGUCUGUGGUCUUGACGAUGUUGCAGCUACGCGUGGGCAGUGUGCUUUCUGUUUUCAAUUGGGCUUGCUCCAUGGAAAUGUGGCUGAAUGUAAGUAUGAAGUGUAUGGAGCCCGACAGCUCUACCGUUGACAGUAUUACUGAUAAUUGAUUUGUCAUUGACAUACAAAGAGUGGGAUUAAACAGGGUUGGUCACUCUUUCUGAAGUCUUAAAACACCACCACCACAAAUAAUAGGACACGUUACCCCCAAGCCAUUCCAGGUAGAAGUGAAGAAAAACAGUACAGUCCUGUUUAACGCAGGAAGACAUAGGAUUAGUCCAGAGUAAACACGUCUGGUCUUCCCCAGCUCCACUAAUCCCUCUUCCCUUACAAAAACGAGAGCCGAUCCAGUUUCAAGAGGGGGUGGGUGGGGGGUCCCUUUCGCUCCUGGCGAGAGGUCAGCCUCUUUAUUUUCUGACCUACAUAAACUCUACUUCCUUUAGCCACAGGAAGUCCUGUGUUUCACUGAGCGGUUCCUGUUGAUCAAGAUGAACUUCUUCUGCCUUUGUCCAGACACACUCACUCACACUGGGCCACGCUUCUGGUAGUCAUCAUAUUUCCACACAGGUUCAUCCAGCCUGCAGUCUAAACAGACAUGGUCCCUUUUACAACUGUUUCACUUGAUAAUAAACUGCAUAUACAGUAUAUUCAAAAGCUUGACCAUCCCAUUUAAGAUAAUGAAAGCACUUCAAAGCGCUUCUUGAUGGCCCCACUCUCUCAUUGGUUUUGAAACAAGAGAUGUAAUUUAGCCUGUGUAAAGACACCUAUCACCUAAAAUGUGUUGCGUAACCCU